CUGGACCAGUACAAGAAAGAGAACUUGUGAAAACAAAAUCUAUGUAUUUUAACGAUACUUUAUCUUCCGGAGCAAUUGAUAACAUUGUUAGACUUGUAGAAAUAAUGCCGAUUGGCGCAAUCGCCGAACUUUCGGCGUAUGGCGGAAUUCUGGCAACACAGCCUGGAAAUCUUACGGCUUUUGUUCAUAGGACCGGCAUUGCAUAUCACCUUUUGAUAACUGUUCCUCUCACCGGAAACAGUACUGCGGAUACGCCUAUUUGGGCGUGGAUAAAACAAUGGGAUACUAUGGUUCGACCAUUCUCAAAUCAUCAAAGCUAUCAGGGAUUCCUUGACUCCGAUCUACAAGACCCGGAGAAAUCAUAUUUCGGCGACAAUUUCCAAAAGUUGCAAGAUAUAAAAGCAAAGUAUGACCCGAAAAAUGUGUUUUCAAGUGGACAGCCGAACUUUGGUGCCGACUCAAGUCCCCUAACGAAUCAAAAUUCUCCAGACACUUUCGUACCUGGAACUUGUCCUUGGGUGUCCGGAGGAAAUCCACCGGGACCAAGAAGUUCAGGGAUCGGAAAAAACGAUAAUAGAUGGAUGAUGUUAACGAGGGUGCUGGGAUUUGUGGUGAUAAUGUUG